AUGACCGAGUCCAAUCGCGCAAGAAUUAAAGUCUCCGAAAACCUGGAUCUUAGGGACAAUAAGGCAGCCGUCAGCCUGAUUUUUGACUUGGUCCGUGACUUCUUCGCAAGUCCUGAUAUCUCCAUCACCGAAGUACACGAAGCCAAUAAGGACGAAAUCCUGAGAGCAGCUCCCCGGCCAGUUGCCCAUAACCUUCCCCCCCCCGUAGCUGAUGAUUCCAGCUAUGAAAUCAUUAGACCAGGGGUAAUGCUGAGCUCCGGUAAGCAUCCCGAAGAGGGAUGGGAGAUUCUCACUUCUUCUGGUGUCCUUGUGAGAGGCCAUCAUGGCUUUGAGUACAUGACAGUCACAGCUCAUGGGUUUCCAGGAUCUCUAUUUGAUAGAAAAGUCUAUCAUGCUCAUUCCUUUAACAAAACACUUGGCGAAGCAAUCAUUAAACUCUCCUAUAUAGACACUGUGUUGGUCCAACUAAUUAAAGGUGUAGAGUUUGUUAAUGAGCUAUUCGAAAACACCCGUAUGACAGUACCACCUUUCAAGCUGACAGGCUUUGUUCAAGCAGCCGAAACAAGAAUUGGUAACGAUAUCUUCCUUGACAGUCUAUUCUCAGGUUUUAUUGAAGGGACCCGCGGGCCCCACUCCCUACUUCGAGUACCAAGUGAUGAUCCUUUUGAGCCGGAGCAAGUAUGGAUCAGAUGCCAAUGGGGCUAUAUGGGUUAAAACUCAAACCAGGCCAUAGGCGAUGGUGUCUGUGGCUCGGUAAUUUGGAAUGAAAAUCAUAAAGCUCUCGGAUUUUUC